GGCGCGGGGCCCUACGCGGUGGCGGCAGCUCGCGCCGGGUGCCUCGCGCCGACUGGGGGUCUCAGGAGAAGACGCGGCGGCGCGGGCCGGAGAAGGAAGGCGUCUCCCUGGGCAGCCGGAGCGCCGCGGUGGAGCCGCGUUGGCGCCCGCCGCGGGACCUGCGCCUCGGAUGCGGGCGGAGCGCGGGGGGCCGCCGCGGCGGGGGCGCUGAGCGGGAGGCCCGGGGCGCCUCAUGUGAGGGUCGCGGGCCCGGCCGCCGCCGCCGCGGUUCCCGGAGCCCGGGGUGGUGUGUGGGGGAAGCCGCCUCCGGCAGCAGGAUGAAACGAGGAAGAGAGAGUGACCGCAUUGCCUCAGAAAAAGAUACUGCAGAGAAUGCCAAGAAACUCAGGACUGCAAAUGAGCAUUCUCAGACUUGUGAUUGGGGGAAUCUCCUUCAGGACAUCAUUCUCCAAGUGUUUAAGUAUUUGCCUCUUCUUGACCGGGCUCAUGCUUCACAAGUUUGCCGUAACUGGAACCAGGUAUUUCACAUGCCUGACUUGUGGAGAUGUUUUGAAUUUGAACUGAAUCAGCCAGCUACAUCUUACUUGAAAGCUACACAUCCAGAGCUGAUCAAACAGAUUAUUAAAAGACAUUCAAAUCAUCUACAAUAUGUCAGCUUCAAGGUGGACAGCAGCAAAGAGUCAGCUGAGGCAGCUUGUGAUAUAUUAUCACAACUUGUGAAUUGCUCUUUAAAAACACUAGGACUUAUUUCAACUGCUCGGCCAAGCUUUAUGGAUUUGCCAAAGUCUCACUUUAUCUCUGCACUGACGGUUGUGUUUGUAAAUUCCAAAUCCUUGUCCUCGCUUAAGAUAGAUGAUACCCCAGUAGAUGAUCCAUCCCUCAAAGUGCUGGUAGCCAACAACAGUGAUACGCUCAAGCUGCUAAAAAUGAGCAGCUGUCCUCACGUCUCUCCAGCAGGUAUCCUUUGUGUGGCUGAUCAGUGUCAUGGCUUACGUGAACUGGCCCUGAACUACCACUUGUUAAGUGAUGAAUUGCUACUUGCUUUAUCUUCUGAAAAACAUGUUCGAUUAGAACAUUUGCGCAUUGAUGUAGUCAGUGAGAAUCCUGGACAGACACACUUUCAUACUAUUCAGAAGAGCAGCUGGGAUGCUUUCAUCAGACAUUCACCCAAAGUGAACUUAGUGAUGUAUUUUUUUUUAUAUGAAGAGGAAUUUGAUCCAUUCUUUCGGUAUGAGAUACCUGCUACCCAUCUUUACUUCGGGAGAUCAGUAAGCAAAGAUGUACUUGGUCGUGUGGGAAUGACAUGUCCUAGAUUGGUUGAACUAGUAGUUUGUGCUAAUGGAUUACGGCCACUUGAUGAAGAGUUAAUUCGCAUUGCAGAACGUUGCAAAAAUUUAUCUGCUAUUGGACUUGGGGAGUGCGAAGUCUCAUGUAGUGCCUUUGUUGAGUUUGUAAAAAUGUGUGGUGGCCGCCUGUCUCAGUUAUCCAUUAUGGAAGAAGUAUUAAUUCCUGACCAAAAGUAUAGUUUGGAGCAGAUUCACUGGGAAGUGUCCAAACAUCUUGGUAGGGUGUGGUUUCCAGACAUGAUGCCUACUUGGUAAAAGCCGAAUGAUGUUAGAGCAUGAUGAAUAUCACCUUAACUUUUAACAUAUUGUAUUAUAAUAAAAGUUUAUUUCCUGUAGUUCUUAUAUUACUCUAUUUUGUGGCACAGAAAUUUGAUAAUCUAAAUCGAGUAUAUAAGGAUCAUUUUUUGGAAGACCAGUGCAACAGUUUUGGUCAGAAAAUUUCCUGUGUUUUAGAUUAGUCAGCAGUCAAAUCUCAGAAGAAUAUAUGGCUCAGAUUUGAGAGUAAUAGCCAGUUAUAAGGCUUACACCUUGUGUAGUCUGAAGGAAACAAAACAUAUAUUAUCCAAGAUGUGAGAACUAAUAGGUUUUCCAAAAUGUUAUGUUCUCUAUGCAUUUUUUAAAAAUGUAAACUUGACAUUUUAGGGUUUUCAGUUAUACUUACACCUGUUAUAAGGUGUUUAAUAUAGCUCAGGAAAGUGAGCUUUUUUUUUUUUUUUUUUUUGAGAAAAAUGUGGGGUAUAUGUUGUGUUUAAUGAAGGAGAUUGUCCUCAAAUGUUACAAAGUUAUUUAACUAGGUAUAUGUAAGUAAUUGGAACCUUAGAAAAUUGAUAAAUGUCAAACAAUGGUCAUAGAAGAAUAAUAAACAGAGCCAAGAGCAAAUUAAAAUAGAAAGGAGGCUGUUUUAACUUUGUAUAAACUUUUAGGUUUGUGCUAUAAUCUGCUAAAUAAUAUAUUUUCUAUGAUAUGUUACUAUAUUUGUGGCACUUGAGGCAUCAUGUGUUAUGUAAGGAAUGCUUUACCAGUUUUCCUGGGUUUUACUUACCGUUGUUCAAACUAGUUCUGAAGAAUUAUACAAUAAUUGAAAUGAAAACUUAAUCUAUUUUAAAAAGCCAAAUUGAAAUAAUUAAAGGCAGAAUUUAAAAUGUUUGUUGUUCCUGUGAAAGGAGAUGAUUCUUCAGUGAAUUUUUGUGAUGGCUCAUUUUUCUAUUUUGGAAUUAAAUAGUUAUGUAAGUAGAAUUUUCAAAAAUCUUAAAAGGAGCUCCAUUGUACAGAUCAGCAUAAGUAAAUUUAAAAGAGGAUGUAUUUAUGUGCAUAAUCAUUUUGGUUUAAAUUUUGCUCAGUGGACUGCAAAAUUUUAAUAGAAAAGUGUUUGCAGUUUUGUGGAUGUUAAUUUGGUUAAACUGAUAAAUAUUUUAUAUUAUUUAAGUUAGGUAGCAUUUUUAUUACUUUCAUAUAAAUAAAGGCAAUUCCUUAUGUUGUAUAAUCUGUAAAAAUACUAAGUUUGGGGCUACAUUUAGUUUUUAAAAUAUAUUAUAAAAAAUUUGUUUCUGAGAGUUAGUCUUAGUAGAUAUUAUUCUCCUCCUAAGGAAAAUUAGAAGCUGUUUACCUCCAAUGGAAAUAUUAAUGCUUGGCCUUUUACAAAGUAUCUUGGUAAUUAUGUGGAAGCUAAUAGUCUUACAGAUCUAUUUUUAAAAUAGAUUCUCUUCCCAAGAAUAAAAGGUAUUUUUCUACAUAAUUUUUGCUUUUCAAAAUAGAUGGUGGUAUUCUGACCACACAUAGGAAGAAAGGCUGAAUCCAUACUUUUAAUUUGGAAAUUAAAAGUAAUUACUAUAAUAUUUUUCCCUCUUAUAAAACAGUAAAAAGCUUUGAUUGUACAAGAAAUCUCUGUAAGUGUAUGAACCUUGUUUUCCUUGAACAACUUUGGGAAAUAGUUUUGAAAAUACAUAAUGUUCUGCUAACCAAAGCUUUAUUUGAUAAUUUGCUUUUUGUACAAAUUGAAUUACAUAAUGCUUGAAAUACUUUAAAGUCACUUUAUAAGUAAAAUGCAUAUAGCACUUCAU